AUGAUCAUUACACCGAUCCUAGACGAAACUGAAGAAUCUCAAUAUGAAGACCAUGUACGGACAACUCCAACUUCGCCUCCACCAGCUAAUGACGUCCAACUUCAAUCUAAUGAUACUGCGCAGCCAAAUGCAGCUGAUGGUGACGAUGCCGAGGAUGAAGCUACCAAAACAAGAACAGGGAGGAAGAGGAAGGAGCUCGCUUACAUGAUAAUUCUACAUGAAUACCCGCUUUCCAUCGUCGAGCAUGAAGGAUUCAGAAGAUAUUCAAAUGCACUCCAACCACUGUUUAAGGUGGUAUCCCGAAACACCAUUAAAAAUGACAUUUUCAAAAUAUACGAUAAAGAAAAAGUUAAAAUAAUGCAGCUUUUAGAGAAACAUCAAGGAAAAAUUGCAUUAACCACUGAUAUGUGGACCAGUAAACAAAAGAAAGGAUACAUGGUCAUUACAUCUCAUUUUAUCGAUGAUUCAUGGAUCCUACAAAGCCAAAUUAUCAGGUUUAUGUAUGUUCCAUGUCCACAUACAGCUGAGGUCCUCUCGGAAGCAUUCAUGGAAUGUCUGUUGGAUUGGAAUAUUGAUGGUAAGAUAUCUACUAUUACUGUUGAUAAUUGCACCACUAAUGAUCUUAUGAUCAAAAAUACCUUGGAAAAAUUGUCAAGUAACUCAUUACUAUUGGGUGGAGAUUUGUUUCAUAUGCGUUGUUGUGCGCACAUACUAGCUCUCAUAGUCAAGCAAGGAUUAGAAGGGAUUAAAGGGGAAAUCGAGUUGAUUCGUAAUAGUGUUUCUUACUGGAAAGCAACACCAAAACGAGUUGAAAAAUUCGAAGAGGCUGCCCGUCAGUUAAAUAUUGCAUGUACAAAUAAGCUAGUCCUUGAUUGUGAGACUAGAUGGAAUUCUACAUAUAUGAUGCUUAAUAUUGCUAUUAAGUAUCAAAGGGUCUUCACUCGCCUAAAGCAACGAGAGCCACAAUAUAAGUAUUUGCCCGGUGAAGAAGAUUGGUCGUUGGCAAGGGAGAUGUGUGAUAAAUUGAAGAUAUUUUAUAACUUCACGGAGAAGUUUUCUGGAGUAAAAUAUCCUACAACCAAUCUUUUUUUUCCAAGUAUUUGUGAGAUUAGAUUGUCAUUGAACGAGUGGAGUAAAUCUAAAUUUGAUGUGAUAAGAGAAAUGGCAUCAGGUAUGAUAGAAAAGUUUCAAGAGUAUUGGAUGGUGAUCAAUGGGAUAAUGGCAGUAGCAAUUAUGUUGGAUCCAAGGUUUAAGAUGAAAUUGAUUCAGUUUUACUUCCCGCAAAUUUAUGGUCCAUCUUUUGGAGACUUCGAAAUGACUCGAGUAAGCAAUUUAUGUUUUGAUUUGGCUAAAGAGUAUGAACUGAAAGUAUUUGCUGAUAAAUCUAUUGGCCAAAGUGAUUUUUCAUCCACUUCUCGAUCAUAG